GGUGUCCGUCAUGCUUUCAAGGCGCCAUUUAUUUGUAGACUCGGGUUUGUUGUUCUACCCUGAGAUUGGAGAAAUGGUUGUUUAUGAGCAUUUGGACUGGAAACCAUGCUGCAUGCACAGCAUGAACAGUAAUGCUCUGUAUAUACAACCAUGGAUUAUAUAUAUGUGCUUGUAGGAAUAAGAAUCCUUUACUUGAAAAUGCAGACUUAUUUUACUAUUUAUUUUCUAAGAGGAUCCAAGGAGAUCACAUCUACGGAAACUUGUCGUACUGCUAGAUUUUACGACUCUGCCUUUUCAGUGACGUCAUCCCUGGCUCUAACCAAACAAUGGCUACCAUCAGGCGGUUAUCAAAGGCUUCGGCAGCGCUCGUCAGUCGUGGACAGCAUUGCCUGGCUUCAAAGACGUAGCAGCAACUCGAGUCGGUCACAGGAUGCUUCAAAACAUCACAGCACUCAGAGUUAUCCAGCGCUGUUUGACGCUUGAGAGGUAAGCUGAGGAACCAUUACCUUUGUGGACCAGACUGGUGGAGGAGACAAGGGCGAAGAACUCUGAGCGGUUCCUGCAGCCACCAGCAGCUCGUCUUCCCUUCACAGUUUUCAUAUGUCCAGCAGCCUCGGGGAAACCUCGUCAACACUAUUUUCGAGAACGUCGAUCGCUGGGGCUCACAUGUCGCUGUGGUUAAUAUAUGGGGGACUCAUUCUCACGUGGAUACACAACACACAAGCGUGACAUAGUAGUACUAUGAAUAAUUAACACAUCACCGAGGUUCAUGAGUGUUCGGAAACCGGCCGAAGUUACACUUAUGAUAAGUUAAUGGACGCAACACGGAAAUGGGCUGGGUGUCUAUCUCACCUGGGUUUGGAGAAGGGUGACGUCAUAGCGCUUGCCUCGCCCAACUGCCCAGAGUACCCAAUAUUAGUGCUUGGAGCGAACAGCCUGGGCGUCAUCGUCACUACGAUUAAUCCAAAAAGCACAAAAGAUGAGAUAACGAACCAGCUGAAAGUCAGCGGGGCUAAAUUACUGGUGGUGACCCCUUCACUCGUGGAAGAGGUUGUACACCUACUCUCGUCUAAUCCUCCAGUUCAACUCGUCUCCAAUGGACCUUGCAAUAUCCCAGGGACAUAUAACUUGCAGGAUAUCCUGGCUAAUCCUUCAGGAACUCCGAUCGACCCUAUUAAGUUGACAGAAAGUGCCAUUUCUCUGCUGCCCUUUUCGAGCGGUACAACCGGACAACCCAAAGGCGUCCAAAUUUCUCAUGGAGCCAUCGCCAUCAACAUGCGUAUGAUUUCGCACCCGUCAGUAACGGCUACGAAACUAGCAACAGACCCCUUCCAAGAGCCCUACAUGUGUGUCGUCCCCUUUUAUCAUAUGUUCGGAAUGCUCCUCAUGCUGUUCGGCAUACAGCAGGGGGCGAAACUUGUCACCUUCCCGUCCUUCCAACCGGGGCAAUUCGUCAGCAACCUGGGGAAGCACAGAGUGAGAACGCUACACCUAGUCCCUUCACUCGUCAGUUUCCUAAUCCAGUCACCAGAUGUCACGGCAGAGUCACUGAAGUUUUUAAGAAAGAUUAUCGUCAGCACGAGUCCGUUUUCCUUGUCGCUUGCCCAGGCGUUCAAGAAGAAAUUCAGAGACGACGUGUUUCUACAAGAGAUGUUUGGGAUGACGGAAGUACUUUUUGCAACGGCGAUUCCUUACGGAGGAGAGCGCAACGGCUCCUGCGGGAAGUUGCUCCCCAACGUGACGGCCAAAGUCUUGGACACAACCACAGGAAGUGUUCUGGGACCAAAUGAGAUUGGAGAAUUAUGCAUCAAGACGCCAUCGAUGAUGACAGGAUACCAUCAAAAUGAAGAGGCGACUUCUUCCACCAUUGACGCAGAAGGAUUCAUGAGAACGGGGGAUGUGGCGGUUGUCGACAGCGAAGGAUACGUCAAGAUUGUGGACAGGACCAAAGAGCUCAUCAAAGUAAAGGGGCUGCAGGUGUCUCCAUCUGAGAUAGAGAACAUCCUUCGACAACUUCCCCAGGUAGGGGACGUGGGUGUCGUGGGCGUUCCCCACGAGAGGCAGGGGGAGGUGCCAAAGGCCUUCGUCGUUGCCAGAAAUGAAGAACUUUCCGCCGAGGAUAUUCAUAGUGACGUUAUCCGUGGCUCCAACCAACCAAACAAAACGCUAUGCCAUCAGGCGGUUAUCAAAGGCUUCGGCAGCGCUCGCGGCUCGUCAGUCGUGGACAGCACUCCCUGGCUUCAAAGACACAGCAUCUCGAGUCGGUCACAGGAUGCUGCAAAACAUCACAGCCACUCAGAGUUAUCCAGCGCUGUUUGACGGUUGAGAGGUAAGUAAGU